AUGUCAUGCGCUGACGCCAUAUUCAGGCAAGGACUCAUCGCGGUGAACUAUCCAGCGCGAGCGUGGGGCAUCGGUCGACAUUGCAAUGUGACCGAGGCCAGGAAACUCUGCCCAGACCUCAUUGCCCAACAUGUUGCCACAUGGCGAGAAGGUGAUGACAAGUGGGCAUACCGGGACGAUGCUGCCGCCAGCAUCGCGACAGACAAGGUGUCACUUGAUCCAUACAGAUUGGAGUCUAGGAAGAUUCUCGCCCUCAUCCGAGACACGCUGCCUCCCAACCUGCAAAAGGUGGAGAAGGCUAGCAUCGACGAAGUCUUUCUCGACCUGUCAGCCCACGUUCAUACCAUACUUUUGGAGCGGUUUCCUGAGUUGUCGAAUCCACCCCCGUAUGAUGACCUCGCCGAGAGGCUUCCCUUGCCUUCCAUAGCGGCUCUGGACUGGAAAGCUGAUGCUUUGGUGGACUUGGAUGAGGAUCAAGAGAGUCAAGACCCGGACUGGGACGAUGUUGCAAUUCUCAUUGGAUCCGAGAUUGUGCGCAAUGUUCGUGCACAAGUACACGGGAGGUUGGGGUAUACAUGCUCCGCUGGCAUUGCGAACAACAAAAUGGUCAGUAAAUUGGGCUCCGGCUUCAAGAAGCCCAACAGCCAAACGGUUGUGCGGAGUCGUGCAGUGCAUUUAUUUCUGGCGGACUUCAAGGUGACCAAGAUUCGCAAUUUGGGCGGCAAACUCGGAGAGCGAGUUGUGUCGGUAUUUAACACGCAAAGUAUCAAAGACCUUCUUGAAGUUUCAUUGGAGCAGAUGAAAUCGAAGCUCGGUGAUGAAACCGGCUCAUGGCUUCACGAUACACUACGAGGUAUUGACAAUAGCGAGGUCAACUCUCGGACCCAAAUCAAAUCUAUGCUCUCCGCCAAGUCCUUCCGACCUAGUAUCAGCACGGAGGAACAGGCACUAAAAUGGUUGAGAAUUUUUGUCGGCGACAUAUUCUCUCGAUUAGUGGAGGAAGGCGUGUUGGAUAACAGACGACGACCUCGCUCCAUUAACCUGCAUCACCGCCAUGCAGGCCAAACUCGCAGUAAGCAAAGCCCGAUUCCUCCCGGUCAAGUCAUCGACGAAGAAUCUUUAUUUCACCUGGCUAAGGAUCUCCUCACUCAAAUCUUAGCAGAGGACAAGGUCUGGCCAUGUGCAAAUCUCAGCCUUAGCGUUGGUGGAUUUGAAGAUGGCGUGAAGGGUAAUAUGGGGAUUGGUGCUUUCCUAGUCAGAGGCGAGGAGGCAGCUCCGGCGAGGUGUAAAUUUCCCGAGAAGAGAUCAGUCGAGACCGACGUCCACUCGCAUAAGAAACCACGAAUGACCAACGACAUACAACGGUUCUUCUCCAGGGAUGGCAUAAGCAAUGGGGAGGCCCUGAGUACCACAAGCGGUGAAGCUGCUCCCAUGUAUAUGCGUGACAAUACUUCUGCACUAGUUCAGGGAAAGGAAGCUGCCAACUCAACAGAAAGAGAAUUUCCCGAGGGCCAGGCUCAAAUUACUAGCUUUCUCUGCGCUCGAUGCAAUUUUGUUUCUGUUGAUGCGGAACAGCUUCAAAGCCAUGAAGAUUGGCAUAUGGCAAAGGACAUUCAGGAGCAGGAACGUGCUAAAAGCACGCCCGUUUAUAAGCCAUCGUUCUCCCGCAAUUCGGCUCCAAAAGGAUCAGGUGCAGCAUCCAAGCGUAGCCGCGGAAAUAAGCUGGAACAAGGACAGCAGAAGCUCAGUUUCGGAUGA